CUCACUACCUACUGUUGCAUGCCUAUGCAAUGGGCAGUAACAUGUUAAGGAAACCAUCUUAUCAAACAAUUUAGUAGUACUAUGUAAAGAGACAAAUUCGAGACUGAAGGUAAAUGCCAGAUGUUCAGCAUGCUGCAUGCAUCUGUCAUUAAAACCAAGAUCUUUGUUUUUUAGGGUCCAUUCUCUAUCUAUGUACAACUUCGGUCAAAAGGAAAAAAAGAAUAUUAGAUCUGUCAAAGCCAAUCAUUUCAAAUUCUGAUACACUCAUUACUUUGCUUAGAUGGAAAGCAUUGGGACUUGGAUCGCAUAUUCUAAAGCUGAAUUUGCUUCUGUCCCAAAAAAAGUAUUUAGUUUUGCCUUGUAGUAGUACUACUACAGUACUACUAGUUCAAACAACAAACUGACUCAAAACCCAAGACAGUGACACUUACUUUAAUGUUUCUUCCUACUUUAAUUGAGCUUCUCUUUUGAUUAACAUAAUUAUAAAUAGCUCUCCAUCUCUGUCAUUAGAUAAACAUUCAUAUCAAUUGUUUUUGAAUCAUAGUCUCCCUUUAACUCCGUCGCAUCAUCUCAUCUCAGCAGUAUUAAUGGAGAUUGUUGAAUUAAAAGUGGAGAUGGUUUGUAUACAUGAAAAAAGACUAAGGAAGUGCCUCUCAAAAUUAAAAGGGAUAGAGAAAGUGGAAGUGGAUACUAAUUGUCAGAAGGUAGUAGUAACUGGAUACACACACAAAAACAAAAUCCUAAAAGCAGUUAGGAGAGGGGGUCUCAAGGCUGAUUUUUGGUCUCCUCAGAAUGAGUUGCUUAAUGCUUAUGUCAGUGCCAAUUAUGCCAGAUUUAGAUUCAACCCCUUUAGUUUCUUCUAGUUUUUCUCAUCACCAACCCCACCUGGCCUUUUUGUGUUUGGCUUUUUCCAACUUUCUGUAUCUUAUGCCUACUGUGAGGUGAUAGAUAUAUAUAUACAAGCAUUAUAUUCAUUAGCUUUAUCAUUUCCAUAGAAAUCAUAUGAACAAUCAGAAAAGUUCAAUGAGGAUAUCUCAUAUACACAUUAGAAUAAAGACAUCUCUUGCUGAAA